UGCGAUCAUCGUAUAAAAGAGGUAGCCAACGACGUUAUUGACAUUACUACCUGUUGUCAGCAAACGGCAGCAACAUCAUCUCAAUCAGUGGAUAAUCUCUUCGAGAAAAUGAAACCCGUGCUGAUCCUUGUGGCCCUGGCAGCCUUUGGCGUCUGUGUUCGGGCAGACGUCUCGCAUCUGUAUGGAGGCGGAGGAGGAGCUGGUUACCACGACCACGGGCACGAUCAUCAUCACCACCAUGAUCAUGGGCACGAUCACGAUCACCACUUCGAUGCCCACUCGCACUCCCAUUCAUCGCACGAUCAUCAUCACGAUCUGCACAUCGAUCUGCACUACCAGCCGGAUCACCAUCACCACCACCAUGAGGCCAAGUUUGAUAUCCCCAGUGGAUACAGCUAUGGAGCUCCGGAGAAGCCGCGCCAGAAGUACCUGCCUCCCAAGGUGGCCCUCCCCCCGCCACCACCUCCUCCGCCAGUGGUGCCCAAGGCCACUUAUCUUCCUCCCUCGAAACCAGAGACUUUGUACCUGCCCCCCGAGCCGGUGGCCAAGUACCUGCCACCCAAGGUCGCACCCAGCCUGCCUCCUCCACCACCACCCCCAGUCCUGGCUCCCAAGCCCACCUAUCUUCCUCCUAGUCAGCCGGAGACCAAGUACCUUCCUCCACCGACGCCGCAGGUGAAGUACCUGCCUCCUGCUCCAGUGGCCAGGUAUCUUCCACCCAAGGUUGCACCCAGUCUGCCACCACCACCUCCUCCACCACCAGUGGCUCCCAAGGCACUUUAUCUGCCUCCUGCCGAGCCAGAGAUUAAGUACCUGCCUCCUUCCAAGCCCGUGGAGAAGUAUCUACCUCCUUCCAAACCCGUGGAGAAGUAUCUGCCACCCAAGCCCGAGCCACAGUAUCUGCCACCCCAGCUUGAGGCGGACUUCCACAUCCCAAUCCCAUCCUACGCUCUUCCCUUGGGUCCUGCACCCAGUCCAAUCCACGAUGCCGAGCCGGGUUACCAUUACAAGGCCCCACUGCGUCGCUUCAGGCACUAGGAUCAUUAACCACCGAAAAAACCAAACAAAACUCAUAAAACCUGCAUCUAGUUUUAAGCUGUACAAAUUAAAAGCAAAUUAAACCCAAAAAA